GGCUCCAUGACUGUGAAAAUAAGUAACUUAAAUGUGUUUAUACGCGUUGCCUCUGACGUCACGGUCCCCGCCCACAAGAGUUCUGGUUUGAUCGCCGCGCUCUGUUGACAGUCGUCGGAGCGACGAGAGCUGCGCGCGCACUCGUGCUCUGUGGUGAUUUAACGGCAUUAAGCGGCAGCGGGCUGUCGUGUUUCGGCUACCGGGUGGUCGGUAUGUUUGUCCGUUUAAACAUGUUUACACAGCCCACCCUGAGCACCAGUAAUGCCAUUACGAGCUCGUGAGGCGGCCGUUUGUCAUUCUGACUGAGCUCGUGCUCGCCUAGCCGCCACAGGCUAGUUCAUGAAGCGAUAUUGUGUCAAAAAUAUUCUGCGUUCAUAUUCAAGGGAAAUCAACGCCACGACGCGCGGACAGACGCUUCGGACGCCCUCCGGAUCGAACAAACUCGAAUGAUUAAACGGUGGCGCUCAUUGUGCAGGAUGCAGGAAGUCUGAAAACACAUGCUUUCAUCAUGAUAAACCUGCCACCCUCUUCUCAGCUAUAGGAGCACUUUAAAGCCCGCACGCACGCACGCACACACACACAUAAAUCGCACUACAGCCCCGGGUGUGUCAGAUUUAAGCCUGUGACACAUUCUGUUUGGUCUUUGAUCAGCGUGAUCUCUGGGUAAAAGUGGAAAGUGUGCGGCUUUUUUAAGGGAAGAUGUCGUUGGUCUUCCCCCCCGACGGGAUGGAAGGGGGCGACAUCCUGCCCGCCGAUGGUCCUAUGAGCACCCGUGGCAAAAGCAGCCCGCACACCAACACAGACAACACAGAACCCGAUGAGAACAUUUCACCAGACGCACAGAAACGAUGUCAGAAUCACGGCCACACUCGGAAACGAGCCAAGUCUAAUGCAAAGCUGAAGCUGGUGAGAAGUUUGGCAGUGUGUGAGGAGUCCUGUGGUCCGUUUUCAACAGACGGUCCUCCUGAAUCACAGGAUAUUAUUCAGCUUCACAUAAGUUGUCCGUCUGAUAAAGAGGAGGAGAAAUCUUCAAAAGACGAGUACGAGAAUGAAGAAAGGGAGAAGAAGGAUAAAACCCCACGCAAGAUGCUUUCCCGCGACUCCAGUCAAGAAUACACUGAUUCUACAGGGAUUGAUGUGCAUGAGUUUCUGGUGAACACACUGAAAAACAACCCCAGAGACAGAAUGAUGCUGCUGAAGCUGGAACAGGAUAUACUGGAGUUCAUUAAUGAUGACAAUAAUCAGUACAAGAAGUUUCCUCAGAUGACCUCAUAUCACCGCAUGCUGCUGCAUCGAGUCGCUGCGUAUUUCGGCAUGGACCACAACGUGGACCAGACAGGAAAAGCCGUCAUCAUCAACAAGACCAGCAACACGCGCAUACCAGAGCAAAGGUUUUCUGAGCACAUUAAAGAUGAGAGGACCAUGGAUUUCCAGAAGAAGUUCAUUCUGAAGAGAGAUGAUGCCAGCAUGGAUAAAGAUGAUAAUCAGAUCCGCGUGCCACUGCAGGACGGGCGUCGCAGUAAAUCCAUCGAGGAGCGAGAGGAAGAGUAUCAGCGCGUCAGAGAUCGCAUUUUUGCACGAGAAUCCUCACAGAACGGAUACAUAAUUGAGAACAGGGGGAACAGGGAGAGCUCCAGCCGGGCGUCCAGCAGUCGGCAGAGCAGCACCGACUCCGAUAUGAAGAGUUUGGAGCCGCGGCCGUGGAGCAGCACAGACUCGGACAGCUCCAACCGCACGCUGAGACCUCCGGUCACCAAGGCCAGCAGCUUCAGUGGAAUCUCCAUCCUCACCAGAGGAGACAGUCUGGGCAGCCGGGGGUCACAGGGCAGCACCAGGGGCUCCCGUACAUGUCUUCCUACAGUAACUCAAGAUGUUUGUGCGACAGUUCUGCCGCCCCAGCAGAGCCGCGGCCUCUUGCCAUGCCCCCCUAACUGCCCAUCCAGUGCCCCUCAGACCCAGAACCAGCCACCCCCGCCACAAACUGCUCUGCUGCCCACCCCGACUCACGCACACGUUCACACGCAGCACGCCAUUAGCGGCCACAAUCACAUGCUGCCUCAGCCAUUGGCGUCUCUGCAGCCGUCUGCGCAGGCUGUGUCUUAUUCGAACCCCUCGUGCCCUCAGGUCCUCCUGCCCGUUUCUCCUUCCCAGCAGUAUAACAUGGGAGAUGAGUUGAAUUCAGGUUUCAGGCAGAUGUCUCUCAGUCGUCAGGGCUCCAGCGAGGCCCCGGAGCCGCCCAGCCUGUACCCGCCUCCGCCGGCCGUGCUAUCCCAACAUCCUCCACCACAGCCCAGCUACAUCAUGCCCCCUCCACCCUCCGGAUACCAGCCUGCUGCCCCCCACCAGCACCCUCCUCCUCCCCCACCCCCUCCAACGCAGCCCAUAAUGCAGACAGCGCCACCUGCGCAGGGCUACAUGCAGCCUCCUCCACCCCCACAGCAGAUCCAGGUGCAGUAUUAUUCCACAGGCGCUCAGUAUCCUAAUUCGAGCCAGCAGUACCGCUCCAUAUCUCAUCAGGUGUCGUACCCCGCGCAGCGCUCGCAGCCUCUGCCCCCACCAGCACAGCCCUCCGCUCCUCUGCAGCCUAUGAUGACCAAUCAGCAGCCUGCGUAUCAGGGCAUGAUGGGAGUUCAGCAGUCACAGAGCAGCAGUAUGAUGAACACGCAGCGCGCGGGCAUGAACGGACAGAUAACAGGGAUGAUGGUCCAGUAUCCCCCAAUGCCCUCCUAUCAGGUGCCUGUAGCCAAUGAGAGUCAGUCUGUGGUUCAGCCGCAGUAUCAGCAGCAAGUGAUGGUUUCGGCGGGUCAGUCGGUUCAGGGUGCGAUGCCAACCGCUGCGCCCAUGCCUGUUUACUACGGCGUCCUGACCCCCACACAACAGAACAGCACAAGCCCAUCUGUGGGCUACCUGCAGCCCAGUUCAGACCAGUACCAGAUGACCCAGUCCAACUCACCCUGCAGCCCUCAGCCAAUGCAACAGCAGUAUUCAGGGGUCCCGCCCCCCGGACCUGGUGUGAUGGUGAUGCAGCUCAGUGUUCCAAAUGGACCACAGCCUAACCAGAAUCCUCCACUGGUGCAAUGGAACCCCUGCAAAUACUACAGCAUGGAGCAGAGACCCAACAAACCAGAGACACAGGUCAGCACUCAGAUCAACAGUCCGCUGGCGUCUCCCUCACAGUCUCCUGCUCCGUCUCCUUCUGGCAGUGUGAACAGUUUGUGUCCGGGUCUCGGUCCGCUGCCUCUCAUCUCUCAGUUCCCUCGGCCCGGUGGGCCAGCACAAGAUGCACGUUAUUCUUUAUUGGGACAGCCUCUACAGUACAGUCUGUGUACUCCAACCAUCAUGCACAACCACAACCAGUCCUACAGCUCCCAUCAGAGUCAAGGUGGAAUGAAACACGGGGCUCGAGGUAAAAGACAAACACUUAAAUCCGCCUCUACUGAUCUAGGAACUACUGACGUGGUGGUGAGUCGCGUGUUGGAAGUGACCGACCUCCCCGAGGGAAUUUCACGUCCGGAGGCGGAGAAGCUCUUCAACCAGCUUUUCCUCUGUGGUGCCAAGAUACAGUGGCUUAAAGAUCCGCAGUGUUCCCGGGGUCCCGGAGGAGGGAGAGGUGAUCACAACGACCCUGCGCACCUCUACACCGUAGUGGCGGUGUUCCCCAACACCAUGGCCGCCCAGAGCGCCUCCUUCAAACUCAACAACAGCGGCGGGAGUUUGUUCAAACUGCGCGCCACGAAAAAGAACUAUGACCUGCGCGUGCUGGAGAGAGCGAGCUCGCAGUGAGUCCGGAGAGAGAGAGCGAGCUCACAGCGAGUCCGGAUAGAGAGCGGGAGAUGAAGAUGUCAAAGGGAUGAGAUCGUACUGAUGUUCUUUAGGGAUUUUUUAAAUUAUUUUAUAUCAUUACCAGAAGAGCACACAUAGCACAGAGACGUGUGGCGUCACACGGGUUAAAGAGACAGUUUACUCGAAAGGAUUUCAUAGUUUAAUCGUCAGAUCAAAUCUUGAACAGCUUUCUUCAGUUGAACACGUUUUGUUAAAAUAUAAAAUAAUGAAAGUAAAUGAGAACUUUGAUUAUGUGGAAAAGAACGGCAUGAAUGUUCAGAACGUCGUCAUCUGUGUUCCUCUGAAGAAAGUCGUUCAUCUCUGUAAAACAUGAGAUUUGUUUUUGGGAGAACUGUUUCUUUAAUAUUCGCAUCAAGAGGACAACCCACUUCCACCUCAGAACUUCAUCUAGAUCUCCGUCUGUCUCAACCUCCAGCUCUAUCUCUCUCUCCUCAUAACCUCUCUUACGCCUGCUCACCUUCUCUUUCUUCCUCCUUCACUUUCUUUCUAUCAUUUCUUGCUUUCUGUUUAGGCUUAACGCUGUUGUGGACUUCUGUAUUGCACUCUUUACCCCCUCCUCGCUCAGACGAAAGCUUCUUUUCUCGGUUCAGUAUAUUUAUAUAAGUGAUGUAAGGAUUAUAAGGAAUAAUCUAUAUAUUCAGUGAUUAUUUUCCCGUGGAUAAGUUGACCCCCCCGCCUCUUCUCGUUGUGUUUGCAUUUUUCGUUGAGCUGUGCAGAAAGUAUCGAGGUAUUUAAAAAGUGCACAAUGAUUGCGAAUGUCUACUGUAAAUUCCAUUUAAUCUGUUAUUUUUUUGUUUGUUUUUAAAAAUAUAAAAGAUUACUGAAAGAUAUCAAAA